AUGAACUGGGGGUUUUUGGAGAGCAUCCUCAGCGGGGUGAACAAGUACUCUACUGUGAUCGGACGCAUCUGGCUCUCCGUGGUCUUUGUUUUCAGGAUCCUGGUGUAUGUCACUGCCGCCGAGCAGGUGUGGAAGGACGAGCAGAAAGAUUUUGUCUGCAACACGGAGCAACCUGGCUGCGAAAACGUCUGCUUCGACUUUUUCUUCCCCAUCUCGCAGGUGCGCCUUUGGGCCCUGCAGCUCAUCAUGGUGUCCACUCCCUCCCUGCUGGUGGCCCUGCAUGUGGCGUACAGGGAGAACCGCGAGGCCAAACUCAAACGAAAGCUCUACCAGGACAAAGGAAGCAUCGAUGGAGGUCUUUUCUGCACCUACACCGUCAGCCUGAUCUUUAAAGCCGCCUUUGAAAUUGGCUCCCUGUUGGCUUUUUACUUCCUGUUCAACGGCUUUGACAUGCCCAUCCUGCUGCAGUGCAGCCAGAGUCCCUGCCCCAACACGGUGGACUGCUACAUCGCCCGAGCCACGGAGAAGAAGAUCUUCCUCUACAUCAUGGGCUGCACCUCCAUUCUGUGCAUCAUUCUGAACUUUGUGGAGUUCGUGUACAUCAUGUGGAAGCGGAUGUGUAGAUGCUUCAGCAGCUACUACGUCCCCGUGGAGGUGAAGCCACGCAGCCGCAGGCAGUCACACAUUUUAUCUGAUAACAGGUUUGCUUUGGCUGAGUCUGCAACGAACGAGAAGGUGUCCUGCUCAGAUCCUGCUGCUGAGGGGGAAAAACCUGACAGUCCGGUCUUGGAGGGCCAGGUCCAAACUCCUGACUCAAAAUGA